CGAUGGACAGCAAGGAUGAGGUGCACGCUGCUCAGGGCAACGAUGCGCACCAGGAGGAAGAUGUCAAGGCGAUCGUGAUGAACUACGGCAAGUGGAAGGACGCGAAGGCGCUGACCGAGCUGCUGCAUCAGAAGGGCGUGAGCUUCCUCAAAGUACAGAAGUCGCGUCAAUUGUCGUUUGGCUUUGUAGUUUUUAACUCCAAGGAGGAGCGUGCUGCGGCCAUGCCGAAGCUUCAAACUAUCCAAUGGAAUGGUGAACUACUGGAAGUGAAGGACGCGCUUCCCAAGAAGAGCAUGAAGCCCAUUCGCAAGCGCAACAAGCGCGAAUCUGACAAUAAGCAGGGCGAGGACCAGCAGAAGGAGCAACAGGAGGACGUCUCGCAGCGUGACGUGCGCGACGUGGUCACUCCAUGGGCCUCUGUGCCCUAUGACGAGCAACUCGAACGCAAGGAGGCGGAGAUGAAGAAAGUACUGGUCAAAAUUGUGCGUCACACCCGUAAAGAGUUCGGCAAGAAGGAGAAGCGCGUGGCUCAAGACCAACGCAAUGUAGCCAAGAAGAAACGCAAAAUGGAGAGCGAACAGGAAGGGAACGCUGACAAGGUGAAGCCUGCGGAGAGUUAUGUGGACGACGCGAAGCCUCAGUACGCUCUGAAGAUCCCCAACUGGCUCAACAGCCACGGAUCGAUCUUUGUUGUAGCCAAUAGCGUGCUGUACUCGCGUGCUCACGAAGCGGAUGCUGACACGCCCUGGAUGCGUGUGGCAGACGCUGCUGAUGUGGUAGCCAUCGUGUCGUUCGGUAGCGAGUUGGUAGCUGCCAAGACAGACAACGCCAUCUACGCUCUCAAGCCAGACAAGUCGUCAAAUGGGAAUCUGACGUGGGAGAAGAUCUGCAGUGGACCGAAGGGGGCUCAGAUCACAUCGUUCGCCUCUCUGCGUGGCACGCUAGUGAGCUGUACGAGCGACGGGAAGAUUUACAAGCAGGAGGGAACAGGUCGCUUCGCUUCGGGCGAGUGGAAGCUGCUGGGUGACGUCCCUGGCGCUACUGUGAUCGGUCUACACAAUGGCUACUUGUACGCUCUUAGUCCUACUGCCUCGUCGUGGUCACGCGCUCCACAAGAUGGUACUGCGCUGGAAGCUCUUAAGUUCGAGACGUUUGAUGUGGAGAUGCCCAAGGCGCUUGGGAUCACGUCGCACAACACUCAAUUUAUUCUGCUGACGUCGGAAGCUCUGCAGUUCGUGCAACAAGACGGUACAGUGAAGGCCACAGUGGCGUUGACGGAGGAAAUCAAGGGAGCCAAGCUUACGGGCUUUGCGAGUCACAACGGCCUGUGCUGUCCUAUGGACUCUAUCCACGCGUCUCCAGUGACCGAAGGAUACCGGAACAAGUGCGAGUUCAGCUUCGGAUUCGACAAGGAGGACAAACCGUGUGUGGGUUUCCGUCUCGGUCUCUUCCGUGAAGGUUCCGUGGUCGUCAGUAAGCCGGACGAGUGCAUCAACGUAUCGAAGGAGAUGAAGGCGGUGUGUGCUGUGAUGCAGAACAUUGUGGAGACGUCGGAUGUUCCCGUGUACAGCGUCACUACCAAGAGCGGCGUGUGGCGUGUGCUGACGGUGCGUCAGAGUGUCAGUACGGGAGAACUCAUGGUCAUGGUGCAAGUGAACCUGGUGGGCAAGACCCCUGAAGAGCGAGCUGCAGUUAAAGAUCUGGUGGUCAAGCGCUUAACCGACGAGAGCAACGCGUUCAAGAUCACGUCUGUCUUCAUUCAGGAGUACGAAGGGCUCUCCGCUCCUUCCGAUAACGACCCGGUAGAGCACGUGUACGGCAAGACGAAGCUCGAGGAACACCUACUGGGGAUGCGCUUCUCAGUCUCUCCGAACGCCUUCUUUCAAGUCAACACGCAUGGCGCAGAGAAGCUGUACUCGCUGGUGAAACAAUACGCCAACGCAGACGAACACACGCUGCUGUAUGACGUGUGCUGUGGCACCGGUACGAUCGGUAUCUGCGCGUCGGAAGGUGUGGGUAAAGUGGUGGGUAUCGAGAUCUGCAAGCCUGCCACGGACGACGCACAGGUGAACGCAAUUCUCAACAACGUCCAGAACGUGAGCUUUGUCAACUCGAAGGCCGAGGAUGUGAUGAAAAGUCUGCUGCAGAAGAAACGAGACGAGAGCGAGAAGCACCUGAACCGCGUUGUGGCCAUCGUGGACCCUCCGCGUGCUGGUCUUCACCACAAUGUGCUGCGUGCUCUGCGUGCCUGUCCGCCAGUCGAGCGUAUCGUAUACGUGUCGUGCAAUCCCACCAACUCUCUGGUGCGAGACGCCGUCACACUGUGUGGUCCCAGCACCAAGUCCCUCCAGGGCCAGGCGUUCGAGCCCGUACACGCCGUACCCGUCGACAUGUUCCCGCACACGCCACACUGUGAGAUGAUCAUCGUCUUCGAUCGUGUCAAGAACUAGAGAACGAAGCUGGAGUUAAGUUGUAAAACCCCCACUCUCAUACAAAGCAUGGAUAUCUAAAAACAUGAACUCCACGUAUC